AUGGUGUUCUCCAUGGGAGAUGCAGAUGGCCUGCUGGAUACAGUUGGAUGGACAAGUUUUGGAGGCCGAUGCUACAAGUUCAUCUUCUUCACGGAAACCUGGUUCUCUCAGUCGACCAGCUGGAUCGCAGCAGAGAGAAACUGUAUUGAGGAGCAUGCAAAUGUCGCAUCUGUGCACAAUGAACUGGAAAACAACUUUCUGAUUGGUCUGUUGCCUUCUACUACUACACGAUGUUGGCUUGGUGUUCAAGAUGCUGUAGAAGAAGGACAGUGGUUGUGGAGUGAUGGAACUCCAUAUGACUACAGCAACUGGUGCUCUAAUGAACCUAACAAUCUAAAUGUUGAGAACUGUGGAGAGAUCAACUGGACCUCUGACCGUUGCUGGAAUGAUGCAAGCUGUUCAACCUCAAUGGGCUAUGUUUGUGCUAAAGACCUGUGAGCUCAUACAUUAGUCAUCCUGCUCCGCAGUUACUUUGAUUGUGCUACAUUUAAAGUUUCUGAACUUCUUUUUACAAAACAUUCUCAACCUUAAUCUCUUCUCAAUACUGAAACGCUCCUCAACUCAAAAUCAUGAAAGCAAACCUUGUGUGUUGUGGUGUUUAAUCAAAAUUGUGUAACAGUUAGAAUAUAUGGUUUGUAGAAUGGCAUUAAGAGAUGUUUGUCUUACUAUGUAAAUGCAAAAAGAAGAUUUGGUAUUUUGCAACUAAUGCAAUUCUCAGGCAUAGGUAAAACUUGGUUUAUCAAAAUGUAUUAAUAUGCCAUUAUCGUAGCGUAAAAUAUUGAGAA